AUGGUACGUUGCAAACGUUGCGGAAAUAUAUUAAUACUCGGUGAGGAUCACUCUUGCUUCAAUUACAAAAAAUUUGACUACAGGUAUUUAAUACAACAGCGAGCAGAAUCCGAUGACAACCUUGAUGAAGGAAACGAUAAAUCUACGGAAAGUUCGAAUGACAAUUCUCAGAAUUUAAGUCGUGCUUUUGGGCGAAACGAAAGUAAAGGAUCAGUGCUCAGAAGUUUGCUUCUAUUUCAAAAUAAUGAAAGAAACAAGUCUACGAAUUCUGCAGGGAGCUCCAACUAUGCACAACCAAGGAAUCCUUCUGAUAAUUCAUUUUUUCAUCCCAUUUCAGAUUUUCAAGCGAUUCAAGUCCAAACAAAUCAAAAUGCCUCUUUCACGGCUUCUUCAGAAAAUGCUGAAUCUAAUAACAGACAUGAAAAUGAUUGUAUCGAAACCUAUAAAAGAGAAGAAGCUGCUGCCGGAUCGAGUGGUAUUGACAUACAAAAUCAAAGUGGAUCAAGUGGAUUGAAUCUGAUGCAUGCGAAACCUGAUAAAGAACGUAAAAUGUCUCUUGAAGAUAGCAAAUCGCAUUCUUUGAAAAAAGAUAAAAAGGAUUUUAUGGAUGAUCUAGAAAAUGUUAUCAGAAAUCCUCUUUCAGAUACUAACAAUAUAUCUGGAAAUGCGAAUUCAACUGAGAAUCCUGAUUUGCCACCAGGAGAUAACGUGCCGAAAAAUUGCAAAAUGCAAGUGUCAGAAUGUGUAAAUGAUGAACAUAUUUUACCCGAAGUGCCCUCUCAGGUUCACAGUAAGAAGACGAAAGUAGUUACCUACAUGAAGGAACCUCAUUCUACCAAAAAAGAUGACAAUGCUGUGGCUGGACCUUCAGGACUCUAUGCCCGUAAGAAGAAAUUUCCUAAGACCUGCAGUGGGAAAGAUACUCUUAAACCGAAUUAUCAAACACACACUGGCAAUGAGCUCUUUAUGUGCAAUAUAUGCAAGAAAAAAUUCUCUAAGAAAUCAGAUUUUGACCGACAUUACAGAACGCACACUGGCGAAAAGCCUUAUGAAUGCGCUAUAUGCAGGAAAAAAUACAGUCGGAUUGAUCGUCUCAUGAUCCAUUAUCGAGUACAUACUGGCGAAAAGCCUCAUGUGUGUGAAUUUUGUAAUAAAGGUUUUUCUCAAAAGGGUAAUCUUAAAAUACAUGUAAGGACACACACUGGAGAAAAGCCUCAUGUGUGUGAAUUUUGUAAUAAAGGUUUUUCUCAAAAGGGUGAUCUUAAAAUACAUGUAAGGACACACACUGGAGAAAGGCCAUAUAAAUGUCCCUCUUGUGAAGAGACCCACACUGGCGAAAAGCCUUAUGUGUGUAAUAUAUGCGGAAAAGAAUGCAGUCAGAAAGCACAUCUCAUCAUCCAUUAUCGAAUAGACACAGGCGAAAGCCCUUUUGCGUGCGGCGUCUGUAAUAAAGAGUUUGCUCAAAAGGGCCAUCUUGACGAGCAUGUUAGAAUACACACCGGAGAAAAGCCAUAUAAAUGUCCAACUUGUGAAAAGUCUUUCACAAGAAACAGAGAUUAUAAUCUAAAAACACAUAUCAAGAUACAUACUGGCGAAAAGCCCUAUGUGUGUUACAUUUGUCAAAAAGGUUUUUCCCAAAAUAAUGCCCUUAAAAAUCAUAUUCGGAGUCACACACAAAAAAAAGACCUUAUAAAUUUCGUUUGCCAUAUUUGUUCUAAACGUUUUGAACGGAAAAGCAACCUUCAAGAACAUUAUCGAAUACAUAAUGGAGAAAAACCCUUCCAGUGCAGAAUUUGUAAAUCAUUAUUUGCUCGGAAAUCAAAUCUCAAACAACAUUAUAAAAUACACUCUGACGAAAAGACAAUUGUAUGCGAUAUAUGUGGAAGAAAUUUCAAUUUCAAAAAAAUCUCCAGAAACAUUAUCGGACUCACACGGCCGAAAAACCCUUUGUGUGUGAUGUCUGUCAAAAAGCAUUUGCUCAGGCCUGUAAUCUUAAAACACACAUCCGAACACACACUGGGGUAA